UCUCUCCUUUCCUCCAGCAUCUUGCAAGGAGAGAGAGAGGUCCUGGGGGGAAGGAGCCACCUCUCAAAGCCGGGGCUCCAGGGCUUGGAGAGCGAGUCCCAUGCUUCCUUUACACACAGAGAGAGAAACCCACGCUUGGCAGUAGUAGCCAAGGAGCCCGGCAUCCUCCUCCUUCUCCUCCUGCUGCUGCUGCAUUGGCUGCCUUUGGAGGGGAGCCUCCUUUGCCCAUCUCCAUCCCCCUCUUUCUCGCCUUUGCCCCCCACUUGAGGCGAGAUCAGAGGGAGGAAGGAAGAGGAAGAGGAAGGGGAAGAGGAGGAAGCGGCAAUUGCGGCGGAGGAGCAGGAGGAGGAGGAGGAGGAGGAAGAAGAGUUGCAACUCCUUGCUGGGUGUGUGUAAGGAGGCGAUGCUGCUGCUGCUGCUGCUGUUGCUACAGCCGGGGAKCGAGGUCUUGGCUGUGACCAGAAGGGACCCAGACCCUCAGGAAGCUGCCUUGACCCGAUCCGAUUGAAGGAGAAGAAAGAGGAGAAAGGGAAGAAGAAGAAGAAGAAGAAGCAUUUGGAGGAAGAGAAGAGGAGCGGCAUCAUGAAGACUUGGCUGCUCCGGGCGCUGGGCUGCCUCCUGGCUUGGGGCUCUUUGUGCGUCUGCCUUCCUGUACUGGAAGAUGCUGGUACCGAAGGUCUGAGCUCAACUUCCCUGGUGGAUUUCAGAGCAAUAUCCCAUCUAGAGUCUUUGGACUCCAGUGAACAGGCCAACCAGGAAGUAUCUGAGCUUGGCCCAAGUGCUCUGCAAGCCGCACCUGGCUCUGGUUUUUCUAGUGAAGAGAAUGAAGACUCCAAGGCUCUUCAGCCCCAGUUUUUCUGGGAAGAUGGUGGGGACAUCAAUGAUUCCAGCUUGGAUGUGGGACCAGCAUCAGAUUACAGUUUUCCCCUUGCCUCCCAGAAGGCCUUGCCUAAAGGAAAUGGGACACAGAUCAAAGACCCUCAGGAAGUGCCCAUUUUCCACCAGUCAUUUGAUUCCAUUGAGCCUGGCUCUGAAGUGCCUUCCACCAGUGCUCUUGAGGAAGAGGAAGGGUUGCUUCCUUUAAACCAGUCAAAAGGAGUAUCUCAGAGCAGUCAAAUAUCUAAAUCCAGUUUUUCUGAAACACCUGAGCCGGAUUCAUCACACUCAGUUCUUCUUUCCACCACAACCAGCACAACAGUUCCUGUGACUGAAGUGGCUGCAGACAAGCCAGAAGAAGACUCUGCUCCUGAACAUGCUUCCUCAGACUUUGACCCAGGGAGCAGCAUGGGUCCCAGUGUCUUGCCUCAGUCCUCCAUUUUGUCAGCUACUCCGAAAGGAACCCAACUUGCCCCAGAAGUUACUCCCAAAGUAACUCCAGAAAAUCCAGUAGCCACAGUAGGAGGAGAACAUAUGAAGACCAUAACAACAUCUACAAUGCCCACUGAUGUAAGAGAAGUUGAAAGCACCACAAAUGAAGACAAUCUAAAGCCCACAGCAGGAGCAGGAAUGGGGCAUACUUAUUCAACUGCAUGGACAGUAGCUGUAGAGAUUACAGAAGUGGCUGAGACAAAGAAGCAGACAGAGGAUGAUCUUCUAAUAAUAAGAUCUCAUGAAGAUGGCACCCAAGUUUCUGAGACUGUUCCCAGGACUUUUAGCAGCCCAUCAAACCCCAACUCUUCAGUGGAUUUCUGGGAUUGGACUGAUGAGCCAGCACCUACCCCUACUCCUAGUCAGAAUAUGACAGAGUUGUCAGUCACAGCAACUGCUACAUCAGAGCGAAGCUUUGCUCCACGAACUGGAGAUUCCCGCAUGGCUGUGCUGUCCACAGGGGUCCCCUGGAGUCUGACACAGGUGACCUGUAAGGACUGGAGUAAUUUGGCAGGCAAAAACUACAUAAUCCUGAACAUGUCAGACAACAUUGACUGUGAGGAGUUCCGAGUGGAGAGGGGCCUCCAGUUGUUGGCUUUGGUAGAGGAUGCUUUCUCAACAUAUGAAAACGGACUUCAGGGCCAAUGGUUGAUCUCCCUCAGCAAACCCAAUGAGAAUGACAAACACCUGCUCAUGACCUUGGCUGGAGAACAUGGGGUUGUUCCGACGAAUGAUGUCCUUCUGGCAUUGGGUGACAUGCGGAGGAGUUUAGCUGAAAUUGGAAUCCAGAACUAUACCACUACGUCUGGUUGCCAGUCACGUCCCAGUCAGACCCACAGUGAUUAUGGGAAACUCUUUGUGGUGCUGGUAAUCAUUGGCUCAAUCUGUGUCAUCAUCAUUAUCAUGGGACUGAUUUACAACUGCUGGCAAAGGCGUCUACCCAAGAUGAAGAAUAUGUCCCAUGGCGAGGAGCUACGCUUUGUUGAGAACGGCUGCCAUGACAAUCCCACCUUGGAUGUAGCCAGUGACAGCCAAUCAGAAAUGCAAGAAAAGAAGCCAAGUGUGAAUGGCGGGGGAGCUGUGAAUGGACCCGAAAGUUGGGAUGUUCUUAUUGACAAGCGGCCAGGCGAAGAAGGAGAUGUGUUUGAGGAAGAUACACACCUUUAAAUGCAGGGCCCAUGCAUCUGACUGCACUCUUACUUAACAAUAGGGCCAUAUGGGGAGGGUGGCUCCUCAGGAACUUAUUUUUCAGGUUUGGACUGGAUCUGCCCAUCAUUACGGUCUCAAGACACCAUCGUAGUCCUGGAGCCAGACAGCCACCCUGAUCAGAAGUGGUUUUUGGGAGGGUGGGGUGUGUUUUUUGUGUUGUCAGUAGCGCCAAUGCUUUAAUCACUUUUUAAAUGCACUUGCUCUAGUUCUUUGGUAGAAGUGGGGGAUGGCCAAGUUUGGACAAUACAUGGUACCUUGACUUAGCAUCACCCCAGAAUUUGCAGAAGGAUUCAUCAAGGAGGAAGCAAGCCACUUUCACACAGAACAGCUGGAAUCACAGACUGUCUCUUUAUAUGCAAUAGGAAAAGCAAGGAAGGAACCUGCACAUUUUAAAAAUCUUGGAUUAGUGGUGCAUCACGACUCUCUUGUCAUUUGCCACUCCUGUUGCCCAGCAUGAGUGGUCACUGGACUUCCUUUUCAAGCUGCCAAGUAGUGCGUAGUGGCUGGGCUAAUGCAUCUUUUUGUAGGUUGAUAAGGUUUUGUUUGACUUCUCUGAGAAGUUGUAUUGGCAGCAAACAUAUUCUGCACAGGGAUCAAAAGUUCUGUAAUGCCCUAACUCUAGAUUCUAACACAAUAGAUUGCAUUUGCCCCAUUACUGAGCUAUGAUCUUUGCAAGAGAAGCUCCUUUUGUGAUUCCAAAACUCUUUGUGGAAAGGACAGAAGUUGGCGUGGCCUUGAACUGAUCCAACUUGGUUGAUCUGAAUUCUGAAAACAAUUUUCCUAAUAUAUAAUGAAUCCUGCUAUUGUGCAAGAAGACUUCUGGGUUGAGAAUUGGAGAACUCAGAAUAGUCAACAGCAGCAACAAAAUAACCCCUAUCCUCAGCCUGGGAUGUCUCUGUCACUUCAUUUAAUGUACUUAACUAUAACACCUAGAGUGAUUACUGUCUCUCAUGUUGUUUGAAUGGUCUUGAAUUAUGCAGAUGGAAAAUAUCAAGCCCUGUUCCGUACCUGUGCAGUAGAUUUUAAUUUGCCCCCUUCCUGUAUGUCAAGAGUAGUUCACUUUAAACAAAUGUGGUUGGUGAAUUCAUGCCCUUGAGAUCAGGAUUAGACUCAAGCAUUCCCAUAUGAAUGUGUGUCUGGCAUGCCUUGGGCAAGGGAGAAUGCCCCAGGCUCUUCUUGAGAAGCACUUGCAUAGACAGAAUGUUACUUGGCCUUCUAUAUUCAGUGCUGAUCUAAAAUAGUACUUUUGCUCCAUUUCCCCACAGUGUUUUCUUGCGACACACAUUCUGUGUUUCAUUUUGAGCCAAACAACACUUGCUUUAUGACUGUAUACCGAGUAAAGAGCAAGUUUCCCUAUAUAUGGCCCUUAAAAUAAUAUCUCUAUUACACACACACACAAUUUAUGUAUUAAUAAGGAUUGACAAUGAACUUGUAAUUAAAAAAUGUUGGCAUAUCAUGUCUAAGCACUUGCAUCUGAUCUCCAUGAGACAUAAAGCAGUCUUGUGAGUAGUUCCAUUUUGUAUGUAAAUAUAUAAACAAAAUUAAAGGCUGCACAAUUAUCACCUCUAGACAUUAUUGUGCAGAAUUUGUUUUUUUUUUAAUGUGAGGCUAUAUAAGAUAAAAAUAAGAAAGCCCUCAUUAAAUUCCAGUUGGAGGGAGCAAACACAGUUUUUCAUUUCAGAACUGCAGUUUCCUUUCCAUUGGUGGGAUACGUGCCACUUUGUGCAACCUCUGACAUUGUUUUUAAGAUCUUCCACAAUUUCUCAUUAAUUUCCUUUAUUCUAGCCUUCCUUUUCCUGCCAAUAUAGACUGUUCUAUUUUGUCUUGUCAGCAACUGGGCACUAUGGAUAGCAGUUUGUCACAGUAUGCAGUAAUUUUAAUAUAUCUACAUUGUGCAUUCAUAUAUCUAUAAAUACACAUAUGUGAAUGCAUACCCAUAUAUGAGAACCCCAUUCUACUUCUGCCAUUCAGUCUUAUGUUUUACUAGUCUUUGUUCUUUAACCAAUUGAUUAUAUAAAAUGUCUGCUUAUGUAUUACUAUGAAGGCAACUGACUUUCACUUUUGAGAUAGAAUAUGGAUGAUAAAAAGGCACAAUUCUACCUUAAUCAUAGAAAUGGAAUGUGCCUCGUACUUGGAGUCACAAUCAGCAAUCUUUUACAAUAUAUUGACUUGCAUUUCAAUUCCGUAGACAAAUGAUCCACAGGAAUAGCAUGUAUGAUGCACUAGGCUGGUAGUGAAUGUAAAGGAGGUUAAGGUGGGCCUGGAUAAAUACAAUCCAUUUCCAAGAUAAGAUGCACCAGGCUUUUUUCCCUACCACUUUUCUUCUUUCAUGCUGCUCUGCCUUUGCUCAGCCUCUGCCUUCCUCUCACUUAUUUCUAGUCAACAGAAUCUUGUGUGGAGAUGCCAUAUAAUGUUGUGGACUGAAUGUAAUGAAAUUGUGAUCAAGUUCUCAAGGUAGAAGCAAUGGAAAUAAUAAACUAUCAUUUAUAUUCUGAACUAGUGACCUGUAACUGCAAUGAAGAGGAUGUUCCCCUGAAA